CUUCGGAACGAAUUGCAGGCAUCGCUGGAAACGAAGAGAUCAGAAUCGGAGAAGGAGAAAAUGAGUUGGGUUUGGUUGGAAGCUACUCUUCCGCUAGGAAUCAUAGCAGGAAUGCUUUGUGUUAUGGGCAACGCUCAAUAUUACAUUCACAGAGCCGCUCAUGGCCGACCGAAGCACAUUGGGAACGAUAUGUGGGAUGUUGCGAUGGAAAGAAGGGACAAGAAACUCAUGGAGCAAGCCUCUUCUGCUUCUCCGAAUUGACCCGGUUGUUCCGUCAGCAUGCUUCUGAAAGAAAUAAAUUACUCAUCUGAUGUUCCAGCUGUUGCAAGUUCUGACCAGGCAGGAUGGAUGACAAAAGUUACAUUUAUCAUAUCAUUUCUUGUAAUAUUCCUAUUCUGUGAAUCACUUUUCCAAAUUUGAAUGUGUUAACAGAGGCUUGUUCAAGCGUGUUCGGCACUGAGAUAUCUACUGUCUAUAAAUGUUUGAUCUCUUUGUGGUUGAAUAUCCUUAUAUAAACGUAGAGAACAGUGGUUGAUUAAAUAAGUAGGCGAGCAACCCUUAUAGGUCA